UCUAUAUCGCACUUGCGUUAAUAAAGUAAUGUACUUAACUACCCUUUAACACCCUCCCCCUUUCUUGUUCCUAGUUCUUUCUUGCGUCGUGGUUGUGUGGGAGCAGACUGCCAGAAAAAAACAUACACAGGAAAUGGCAGCUUUCCGCAGCAAAGUAUCAUUUAACUCACUACGGUGUGCUGGUCAUGUUGUUCGAAGAUCUAUCACCACGCAGUCAUCAACAAAAUCAUUCCUGGUACCUGCACUGGCUGCUUCCACUGCUGCUGCUGUGGCAGGUGGAAGUGCUGCAUUCUGUUACUAUAAAAUGAAAGAUGGCAAACUAAGUUUCCUACCAGCUUUGCAAGCAUCUGCUCCACAAGGAAAUGCAGCAGAAGAACGAACCUUUAUCAUGAUCAAACCUGAUGGCGUUAAGCGAGGUUUGGUUGCAGACAUCAUCAAGCGUUUUGAGCAAAGAGGAUACAAAUUGGUAGCAAUGAAAAUGAUGAUGGCCGAUCUUCCCUUGCUGAACGAACAUUAUGGUGACUUAAAGAAGAAGCCAUUUUUUCCUGGACUCGUCAAGCAUAUCUCAUCUGGUCCAGUUGUAGCCAUGGUUUGGGAAGGCAAAGCUGUUGUAAAGCAGGGACGGCAAAUGUUGGGUGAGACCGACCCGUUAAAGUCAAAGCCUGGAUCUAUUCGCGGAGACUACUCUAUUGACAUGGGUCGCAACAUUAUUCAUGGCAGUGAUUCAGUAGAGUCUGCGGAUGCUGAGAUCGCUUUGUGGUUCAAAAAAAGCGAACUUAUGAAUUACCACUUACCCUUGUACUCGCAAGUAUUCGAAUGAAGAAAUGGCAAGAAUUCUACAUACGCAUUAAGGAUGGUGUAUGAUUUUGUAGACUAUUUUUUAAUUUAAUUAUAUCUUCAGUUACGUUGA